GACAACAGCAACAUCUAAGGGCUUUUGCUACAGCCUUCGGACAGCGGUCACCUUUCUUUGAGUCCCUGCGGGAAUGGGAACACUUGAGACGGAAGACGGCUGAGCAGUGGGCGUUGGAAAUGCCUCGCAGACUUCACGGAUCAACUACGGACUCGUUACAAGCCCUUCAGUUAGCCAGUGCAGAACAGUGGAAUCCAUAUUCUCCACAUUAUUCGGCAUUUCUUAUGUCCACACCGACCUUACAAACACCAGGUUAUAUCGGUUCCGGCUUAUCCUGUCCGCUAGAUAGCACUGUGGGAGGAAAUUCGCCAGACUCUUUUGCUACCGGACUGUCUGAACGUAUUGGGGCAACUUCUUCAUUAGGAGCCCCAUGUGAACAACAGAGCGCCCUCAUUUUAAAGACUGAUUCUCUCCUGACACCGAGAAUCAACGGUACAAUGUCGUCGUCCAGUGAUUCCUGUCUUACAGAUCGAAUCUCAGAACUCCGUCAAGGACUAGGUAUGCUUAGUGGGAGUGGAUUAAGUAUCCAUCAGACUCCUACUACAAACACGCCAUUUUUAUCUGGGAACACUGGUGCCCCCUAUUUUUCUGCAAGCCUAGGUGGCUAUGGCAUAUUCUCUACUGCUGGUAAUUUUGUCAACGGAGGAAAUACUAAUAUGUACUUAAGUACCCCUUUUGUGCCACCGUCCCUUUUUUAUCCCCAGUUCUGUUCAAGUAUAUCUCAAAAUCCUUUGCACCCGUCUCUUCAUCUCCUUGGUAACGAACUGAGAUCUGUCCUGGAUGCGUCCUUGGUGUCGCAACAGCAAAGGAGUCAUAUAACAGGUGGACUGACCAACACGAUAUCCUCCCCUGGCGCUAACCCUGUUGGCAGUAACCGUAACGAAACCAACAACGAGGAAAGCCGAAACCACAUGACGUUGCACUCAAGUUCGUCGGCCACAUCGAGCAGCCUCUUGAGUUUAUCAACGAACGGACCGACAGAGGGCGCUUUAUGGAGACCAUACUAGCCAUUGGUGUUCUUAAGAUGCGUGACGUCUCUGCAAAAUAAUUGUAGAUAUAUUUAUGAUAAUGAAGAUUAGAAAAUCACUUUAUCCUGCCGUAAAAGUGGUUCAACAACACACGUGAUGAAAAUUAAGUGGUGGGCAUGGCUCUACAUAUAUAUCGAAACAAAGCUUACAAAAACCCAUCACGAGGUCAAACUCAAAAAUCUUUUUUGACCUCCAUCUUAACGUCCAUAUUUAUUUCUUACGGUUUAUUCUUUUCUUCUACGAAAUAAGAAAAGAUGUGUGUAUAUAUGAAUAGUUGUUUGUAUGGAGCUAUAUAUAUAUAUAUGUGUGUGUAUGUGUAUUAAAAGUUUGCUUAUCUAAACAACAACAACAAAAAAAAACGUGUCACACAAACCCAAAGUUUUACAGCUUAUAAAUUACAAAAAUAGGCCUAAUAUAAUGACGAUUUAAAGGGAUACUUUUCAAGGAUUAAUAGUCACCUUAAAUUUUGGGGGGUUAUUGACUAGUAUAUCUUAUUAGCAUGAGACUCUGUAUAAUUAUACCUAAUCACGCGUAAAAAAAAAUACAUGCAAAUAAUUAGUGACAAAUAUAUUACUAUAAGUGACAAUAGAUAGAAUAUUAUAAUAAUUUGACACCUACCUCAAGAUCGAAAUGAAAUAUGAUCUUAUUAGCGUUCCAGGCCAUUCACUUCUUAUACUUAGGAGGCGCACAUGUCUGUUCCAGGGGUUUUAUAUGGAGUGUAGUAUUUUAAUUUCUUCAAUAACGUUUGCUACAGGUUACGUUCAUUAUGACGCAAGUUGUAAGCCUAAGUUCACAAACAAACUUUUCAACAUAAACGCUGAAGGUAUAAUAACGUUCAACAGAAAUUUAUACAUCUUUACUCUGUGGAUAACAUUACGUUUUACGUGUAUGCAUUAUGAAUUUUUCCCAUGUGGUUAGGACUAAUUUUGUGUUUAGAAAAUGGUGAAAGUUAUCAGUUAAAAGUAAUUAUUCACCACCUCUUAUUUAUAGCAUUUUACACCCUAAAUUUAGAAUGCGCAUGCGUCCCUCUUUGUCACCUGGGUGAUAGGCUCGGUAUUGUCUUUGAAAUUCUUAUAAAUUAAAAAUGAUUUAUACUUCGAAAGAAUGUCCCUCCAGUGGGAUAACGGUAAGUCUACAGACUUACAACGCUAAAAUCAGUGGUUCGAUUCCCCGCAGUGGACGCAGCAGAUAGCCCAACGUGGCUUUGAUCUAAAAAAAAACCAACCCCAACCAAAUCCAAAAUAAUUUGGAAUGUGCAUACAUAAAGACAGUACUAAUGUCCUUAACGUAUUUAAAAGGUGUAAAAAAGCCUAGAUAAAAAAUGCACAAUUGUUAAAGACAGGUAUAAAAUAUUCCAGAGGCAAUAUAUCACCGGUCCCUCCGCUCCUCAUUUCCUUUUAUUUCCAAAAAUCAUCGCUCCAAUACAGAUUUUUACGCCCCUCAAGGCGUCAUUAAUGAUUCACGUGUCUUCUGAAACGGGACAUUGUUGAAACCGAAGUCUCAUAAAUCAAGGAAUUACAGGAUGGUUUUCACUAUUGGUCCUAUUUUUUUUUAUGUAACCAUUCGGUACAUAUUUGACAGCACUUGUAUGUGUGUGUGUGUGAUUAUUCAAAUAAUAUUGUGCUAGAAGAAAAAUCUGAAUAUUUUGAUCGAGAUUACAACUUACUUUGGUACUCUCUGAGAGAGAAAAAAAUAUUAUUAAAUUAUCUCGUUAUACAAUUAGAUAAGUUUUGUAAUUUGAAUGGUUUCAUCCGGUGUACAGUUACGUCAUAUCCUUUUUGUGUUUAAAAAAAUCUCAGUGGUUUCAAUAGUUCGUAAGCAGAAAAUUUAAAGUACUGAACAGCGGCAUGAUAUAAAAGCUUACUGUACCUGAAAUCACCAGUACAAUCGGACUAGGAAGGUGAAAGUUAUCGCGUUUCAUAAAGUAGGUCUGACAGAAAGUUAGUAAAAUUACAAGAAAAUUAACAAUUUUAUGGUUUGUAUAUUACACGCUAUAAGUGUUUUUGUAACGAAUUCUAUCGUUAGGAGGGCUAUUGUACAUUAUCUGGUAAAAAUAAUACCAAGUCCAGUCGACAUCACGAUAAAGAAUCACUUAAUUUAUUCAAUAACGUUUGCUACAGGUUACGUUCAUUAUGACGCAAGUUGUAGGCCUAAGUUCACAAACAAACUUUUCAAUAUAAACGCUGAAACUACUGUAAGUAUAGUACACUAAUAACGUUCAACAGAAAUUUACUCGCUUGAUAACGAAACUGUUUAACUUUACUUGAUCAUUUUUCUGUCGGUCAAUAUCUAUUCCAUAUUUCAGAUAUGAAUACUUCACUGAAUUCUCAAUUCUUCACUAACUCCCUACUCAUACUUAUAAAUAAUGUACCCCAAUAGUCAAAGCUUAUAGACCAUAAACACUCACGAUCAUUCUAGAUAUUGCAUCAUCAUCAUGAUUAGCAGCUCUCUCUAGCAAACAACUAAAUUAUAAUAUUCAAAAUAUAGCUUAUAACAAUAUGGUAAGCUAUCAUACAGUUUACUUCAAAUUUAGAAGAUCCCAGCGUUCUAAUGAAAUAAACACACUUGCUAUUUAGGCUUAUCUAUGAGAAUGUAGUGAAAUGUAUAUAUAUAUUAAAACUAAUAGUUAAUUUCUCAGUAAGAAUAAGAGCUAAGCCUAAGGCUAAUCCCUAACGGGUUGUUUAAUUCUGAACUGUUAUGUGGUUGAUGUCGAAUAAGAAAUAACUGACACAACAGACAACCUUUCCACGCGUGUAGAUAUAAUUAAGAAUUUGCUGCAGUAUUUAGUUUAUGCUUGAUAACUCAGUCAUAUACAAUGUUUCGACCUUAAAUGUACAUUAUUUAUUAUUGCUUUAAUGCGAUGUUUUAAUGUUUGUGAUAAAUGUUUAUGUUUUCAAAUUAAAAAAUAUGUAACUUGUAAUUUUUAGGUAAAAUUACUACAGCAGUGGCUCUUGGAGUUGUGACAUUAAAAAUAGGCCUAACACAUGUUAAGCCUACUUUGUGUUAGCUAUGCCUUCUGCUAACUCUUGGAGUUGUGACAUUAAAAAUAGGCCUAAUAUGAAUUAAUUUUUACUUUGUGUUAACCAUGCCUUCUGCAAUCAUAAUAACAAAAUAUUCUUAAUGGGAGUUAAGACUACGUCACAUUAAUUUAUCGAGUUCAAAUUGCCGAGUAUUAGUUCUGGCUCCUGUGACCUUGACGUUGAAAAUUAGGACUAAUUAGAAUUAAGCCUACUUCAUGCUAAGUAUUGAGUUAAUACGGUGUAUAUCCCGUUUUUGUAAGAGUUUAUUGGUAAUAAUCAUCAGUUAGUUGAUUCAUAUUAGGGUGUCGAACGUUUGAUUAUUUUUUAAUUUAAUUUUAAAUGUGUGUUAAAAUUUCCCAAUUUUGGACAUGGGAAUUUAUCCGUUUUUUUGUGUGUGUGAGAUAAAACAAGUGUUGAUAAAUUGAGAUUUUACUUUGCUUCUUUUCAAACAUACCUUCAAUCUCUAUUUUUAUUUCACUAGUCUGUAUUGUAGGGAAUCUUGUAGACGUAGUUAGGCAUAGGACUGAUCACCACCGACUUUUUGUAUA